UGCCUUGCCCCUCAGCCGCUCGCACUCCACCGCCCCCCCAUCGUCUCUCGCCUCUUGAAUCUUGUAAGUCAAGAUCUCACAAUGGUAAGCAUCCUGAUGGGUUCUGAUUUUUCCGAUAAUCUUUCUCAGUGGAUGGUCACCUUCAAACUUCCCCGGCAACACAAAUCUUUUCCCACAUAGAUACAAGCACCCAGAUCUGACAACAUUAAGAACAGCUGAGCUUUCUGAUUCUCUCUCUUGCUCUUCCCCUUCCUUGAUGAUUUCUCUCUUCUGAGUCGAGCUUUCUGAUUAUUACUCUUUCUACACUGGUAACUUGACUCGGACCUACUCCCUGUAAGUCAUCUCCUUAUUCACUUUUUAUUAAACUUAGAGGAAACUUACAAAACUGAGUUUGUACUUUUGUUCAAUUUUUUAAUAUCAAGGCACUAUAAAAAAUAUACAGAUUGAGAAAGAUCAUUAAUACUUUUUACCUUAACAAAAAGUUACUAUCAUUCUAAAGAUCUUUAACAAUAUCUAAAAACAAGUUUAUGAAGAAAUAAGACAAAUAAGCCUUUGAAAAGGUCGUCGAUCAUAAAAAAGGAGUGAGGCCUGCAUUUUCAACAUUCCUCUUUGUUUUUCAGCUUUCACCCUUCUUUUUCUUCGUCAAUAUUUUUCUUCUUCUUCUAUUUUCUUCGUCAAUAUUCUAAAUUCAAAAUUGCAAUGCCCGUUGUGAUGAGUUUCAAACUUCAAACAUAACCUUUGUUUCAAUCUUUUUUCAUUUAAAGCAGUUGCGCUAGUUGAUCAUAGAAAAGGAUCUCUGAAGGCCUGAGUUAAAGAUUAUGGAGAAAGCGGAAUCUACAAAAGAAAAGCGUAGAGUAGAAGUAGAAAUGAGGGACAGGAUCAGUGAUUUGCCAGAUUCAUUGCUCCUUCAGAUUCUCUCUCUUCUUCCCAUUCAAAAAGCAAUUGCCACAAGCUUCUUAUCCAAGAGAUGGAGACCACUUUGGCUUUCCCUUCCCAUUCUUUACCUUGACUUUAGAUACUUUCAGAGGCUUACAUUCUUCACUCGAUUUGUAGACAAACUGCUCAGUUUGGUAGAUUUGAAAUCUGUUACAACUUUUGUUUUCUACUGUAAAUAUUAUAAAAAUCUUGAGUAUUUUGAAUGGUGGAAGAUGAGCAAGUGGAUUGAUGCUGUGAUUAGUAAUAGAGUUCAACAUCUCGAGCUUCAUUUCUCCUCACGGGAGGAUUAUUAUGAGUUGCCCUCUAGUGUUUUCACUGCUAGUAGUAUUAAGGUUUUAAGGUUGAAUGGAGUAAUGGUGGGUACUCUUUCUUGUGUUAAUUUGCCUUUGCUUCAAGUAUUGCAUUUGGAAGAUGUUCAAUUUAAAGAUGUUGGAAGCUUGGAAAUGCUUCUUUCAUCAUGUCCCUUGCUUAAACACUUGGUGCUAAAAUUUUCUUACGGAGGCGACAAAUCACCCAUUGACAUCAGAGGACUUAACCAUUUGGUCACUGCUAAAGUUCCACAAUCUCUACUUCCAUUGGAAGCUUUGUCAAAUGUUACGUUUCUACGCUUAUAUGAGAAUGGUGAAGUGCCUCCGCCGAAACUUCCCCAAGCUUAAAAAGCUUGUAAUUUAGAUUGUCUUCAUUUUAUAAGGUCGGUUUCACAUCCCCUCCUGAACCAAUUCUUGAUGUGAAGGAAUUCACUCUUCUUUGUUAAUGGCCGAAGUCCUGAAAGUAAGUUUGAAAUGGUAAAAUUUACGAGGGAGAAUGCUAGGGUUUUGAGGACUCUUACCAUUGUGAUUUAAUUUGUGAGAGAUGGUAUAAGUGAGGAUAAGCUCCUAAAUUUCCAGAAAUUAGCAGCAUACAUCAGAUCAGACUUUGAGAGUUGCAGGCGAAUGCAUGAGCAACCGCUUGUAUUUAUGAUCUCUUGAUGAUACUUUAUUUACAUAUUAAUUUUUUUAUUAUGCGUUCUGCACUUCUACUGUUGUUCUACGUUUGUAAAUUUGUGAGAAGGUUUUUUUUUUGGGUCCUGAAAUGAAUAUAGGCACGUUUGAAUUCAUAUUUUUAAGGGUUAAUACAAAUUUUGGUCUUUUAAGUUUA